CUCAGAGCGUCUCGGCGGCCGCUGCAGCAUCACGUCGAGGAUCCGCAUCGGCUCUGAGCGCGUUGGCAACAAUGAAUCCGUGCCGUCCAGUCCCCUGCGUGGCCGCCCUGCUGGUCUUCCUGCUGCUAGCCGGGAGCGCUUCGCACAGCCAGGCUGCUCCUAUGACCGGGGAGCUACGGUGCCAAUGCAUCCAAACGGUCUCCCGUGCGAUUCCACGCAAGCAAAUUGCUUCCGUCAUUCUCCUCCCCGAGGGACCUCACUGCGUCGUUCCUGAAGUCAUAGCCACCCUGAACAAUGGGAGGAAAGUCUGCCUGGACCCCCAAGCGCCGUGGGUCAAGCUGAUUGUCAACAAGAUUAUGGCAAAGCCCUAACACAACAAUCUGCGAAAAAUGCUUUGGGCAUGUUGUACGGAGCGGUUGUGGAAAGCCUCUGGUUAGAGAAGCAGGAAGUUGAGCACCUUAAGAACUGAACCACUUUACAACUAUCCACUCGUAUUUAUUAUCGAAACUGAUCGGAUUGUAUUUAUUGCUACCUGUAGCUAUAGCCGGCCGCCUGAUGGAUUCAGCACGCUAGAUGCCACUGUUAUGUAUUCUGCGAAGCCAACUGAAUGUACACUGAGCACUGUUUCUGCAAUGGGGGGGGGGGAUAGAAAUAUUCUCUAUUAAGUACAGUGGUACCUCGGGUUACAUACGCUUCAGGUUACAGACACUUCAGGUUACGGACUCCACUAACCCAGAAAUAGUACCUCGGGUUAAGAACUUUGUUUCAGGAUGAGAACAGAAAUCGUGCUGCGACAGUGGGAGGCCCCAUUACCUCAGGUUAAGAACAGUUUCAGGUUAAGAACUGACCGCCAGAACAAAUUAAGUUCUUAACCUGAGGUACCACUGUAUAUCGAUAAAAUGCCAAAGAGUGCCAUUCAGCUAAUAGUAUUCUGGGCAGUCCCUGCUGAAAUGAAUGGGUGCGGCACAAGAGCCCUGGCACGUUUUUUAUUACACGUAUAUUCAUAGAAUUGUGGAGUUGGAAGGGACCCCGUGGGUCAUCUAGUCCAACCCGCUGGAAUUCAGGAAUCUUGCCCACAGCUGUCCCUGGGUGGGCUUGAACCACUAACCUUCUGGUUUAUAGCCAGACACACUGGCCCAUUGCUGUGAAGGUACAACACAGAGAUAUUACUCUGAUAUUAUUGCUGAAAACCUGGCUAUGAACCUAUGGAAUGAAUUUUGCUUCAUGAACUUUGCUUAAUGAGUAUAUUUAAAUAAGGAUUUUUUUUAUUUAAAAAAACCUUGUAAAGAACAGUGAUGUUCUAUAUACACUUGGAUAUUUCAUGUCUUCAAUGUAUGGCAUACUGCCAUGUUGUUUUUUUAGGGAAUGAGCAUUUUAGCAUUGUGUCUCUGGAUCAUAAAUUCCUUUUCUUAUCUGUUUAACUGUGGAAUGCCACACAUUCUGUAAAUAAAAUGUUGUUUUUUUGCUAAU